UACACAGUUUUAGUCCAUUUAACAUCAUAUUUAAGUUUGAAUGCUGAAGAUGGCAAUCAGCAAUGAGCGCAGUCAAUCAAAAUAUUUUUCAUGCAUGUGUCCAAAUUGAAAGCAACGGUGAUCACUCUUUCACUAGUCGAUGAUUAUUAGCUUUUAAGUGCACACUAUGAUUGAAGAUUUGAAUCAUGCAAAGGAUCUACUCAGCCAUGUUGUUUCCUCACUAACCAAAGCUUGAAGGGAAGAACCGAUCUCAAAUUGCAGUCAGAGGGCGGAAGGCUUGCUUAAGACCUUUACAUGGAGGCCCGGAAAUGAACUUGCUCCCGCCCAUUUGCCCACGCCCAAGCCUGGUCCGAGCCCAGGCCUUCUCUUACAUAACAAACCUAUUAAAAAAAUUAUGUUCAAGAGGAGACGGGAGGGCGACGAGGAAAAAGAGAAAUAGCUGCCCGUAACACGAAGGUCAAGUCAACAAAUUCGUUCCUUCUUGUGUGAGUAUUGCAGUGAAAUACGAGGUUGACACUAAGAUCAUCCAUAUUCAUCUUUAGAUCCUUGAGGACAUAUUUAAUUCUUGAUCACUGGACAACUCUGUAAUAGAAACAUAUUAGUGCACUGGAGGAAUUGUCAACUACUUCAGUGGAAAUGAAACUUCAACGGAGCAUUGAGAUUUGGAAGAUGGGAAUUGUCAACUACUUGGAUGCACUCAAGCUGCAGGAGAGACUUUUUUCAGAUCGUAAAGGUGGUAAAAUUCUAGACACCGUGUUGUCCCUUCAACAUCCACCUACUUACACACUUGGAAAACGGAGAACAUAUCACAAUUUGUUAGUGCCUGAGGCCGACCUCAAAGCCAUGGGUGCUGAGUUGCACUACACGGAGAGAGGAGGAGACAUAACCUUUCAUGGCCCACGACAAGCUAUCCUAUAUCCCAUCAUCUCUCUUAGGGAUAUUGGGUUUGGUGCACGGAAGUAUGUUGAAGGCCUUGAAUCGGCUAUGAUUGAACUUGCAGCUCUGUACGGUGUGAAAGCUCAUACAGGGAAAGUAGGUGAAACUGGGGUAUGGGUGGGAGACAGGAAGAUUGGUGCCAUUGGUGUUCGAAUAUCUUCAGGCAUCACUUCUCAUGGUUUGGCCUUCAAUAUAGAUCCUGAUCUAAGUUAUUUUAAGCAUAUUGUGCCUUGUGGAAUUUCAGAUAAAGGGGUGACAUCAUUGAGAAGAGAGACCAAGAUGGAACUUCCAUCUGAUGAAGUGAUUCAUGAGCAGCUAAUACAGUGUUUAGCAAGAGUAUUUCGUUUCAGUGACCUCCAAUGGAAACAAGAUCCAUUGUCCUUGGAAACUAGUGAGCUUAAGUGAGAUACGAGGCAUAAUUGAUUACAAUAUUUUUCUUGAUAGGUGUGUACUUGUUCUAAUACUUAUUUCUUCGUUGUAACUUAUUCAUUAAGUUGUUAUAUUGAAAAUUUUGUUGGACUAAUUAUCAAAUAUGUUUCAAUAAAUUGUUUAGGCAGAGCUGAUGCA